AUGUUCAGAAAUAACUAUGACGGCGAUACAGUGACUUUCUCGCCUACUGGUAGGCUUUUUCAGGUGGAGUAUGCUUUAGAAGCUAUCAAACAAGGUAGUGUGACUGUUGGGGUGAGGUCCAAGAAACACGCCGUUCUAGUGGCCUUAAAACGGAAUGCAGACGAACUAUCAUCGUACCAGAAGAAAAUAAUCAAGUGCGAUGAGCAUUUAGGACUUUCUUUGGCAGGUUUGGCUCCUGACGGCCGUGUGUUGAGUAAUUUCCUGAGACAGCAGUGUAACUACUCCAGCUUGGUCUACAACCGCAAGCUGUCGCUAGAGAAGGCCGGUCAUCUACUCAGUGACAAGGCGCAAAAAAACACACAGUCUUACGGCGGAAGACCUUACGGGGUGGGGCUUCUUUUAGCAGGCUACGAUAACAGCGGUCCUCAUCUACUGGAGUUCCAGCCUUCGGGAAACACAUUGGAGCUUUACGGGUCGGCCAUUGGUGCUCGUUCCCAAGGUGCUAAAACUUAUCUAGAGAGGUCUCUAAGUGAAUAUUUGGAGAUUGAAGACGCUGACAAGCUAAUUGCAGUUGCUGUGGAGGCGCUCAGACAUUGCUUGAAGGACGAAUCACUCAACACCAAAAACCUAUCCAUAGCAAUCGUGGGCGAGGGUAAGCCUUUCACAGUUUUGGACGACGAAUCUGUUGCGCCUUAUCUAUGA